ACAUAUCGGAAGAAAAACAAGAAGAACCACAAAAUAAAUGUAAAACGCACGUUUUUCUGUUUACGCUACAGUUAAACUUAAAAUAUUUGUUCGUCCAAAGCAAUUUAUCCUACUCUCACUGUCAGUUAUUCAUUAUAUUGUUUUCAAAGCUUAGGGCAUUUGGGUUAUGGCUGGUUUGGAGAUUUUGGUGGGAACGUACGAAGAGUUUAUCGUAUGUUACCGUGCGGAGCCCUUACGAACGGACCCGGAGAAGCUAUACCUUAAGGAAUCGUUUGCUGCUCAUCUGCACACCUCGUCUGUGCGAUCGGUAGCUUCCCACGGCAGAUAUGUAGCUACUGGCGGAGCUGAUGAUCGAAUCUGCCUGUUGGACAUGCGAGAGGGAACGAAGGUGACGGAGUUCCUGCAUCACGAUGGGACGAUAAACGCACUUGUUUUCUCGGAUGAUGGGAGCCACCUUUUCUCCGGUAGCAACGAUGGUAGUAUGACGGCGAUCAAUAUGUCCAAAUUGGCCGUCGAUAAGACGUGGAAAAGCGCCCACAAAACUGCUGUACAAAGUAUCUCCAUUCACCCUCAUGGUAAGAUGGCACUUUCAUUGGGCAGCGAUAUGACGCUAAAAACAUGGGAUCUAAUAACGGGUCGUGCUCUGUUCACGACUGCGUUGAACAAAAAUAGCAAGUAUGGACGAGUGCUUGCCGACGUACAGUGGUCUCCGGAUGGAGAGCAUUUCGCACUCCUCGGUAACCGGGUGGUUGAUAUCAUCAGUAUCGAGACAACGCGUUCCGUUAGGUUGCUGGAGUAUGACUCGAAACCUACCGCCAUGUGUUGGUUAUCGGCUGAAGAAAUUGCGGUUGGUUUGGAGAAUGGAGCUCUAGUAAUUGCCAACAUCCACGAAGAGGAGCAGCAAGAAAAGCUGCAGAUCUACGAUUCACGAUUGAAGGCAAUUUCCUGUCUGGGGAAUUACAUUGCGACCGCUUCUAGCGCGGGCGACGUGUCGCUAUGGCAUCUGGAUGGGGUCGAUUUCAUUCAAAUUUGCACUCAACAGAUUGGCUGCCGUCCGAUAUGCUUAGCACUAAUAAACACUGGUAAGCCGCUGCGGCAAGACAGCGUACAGGAGACGGCGGAAAGCACGUUGAACACUGCAGCAUCAAAGAAUAAAGCACAGAUGCCGGCACGCAGUAUCGCAUCGAAGGUAGUUAAAGAAAUGGCAUAUGUGAGCGUAGAAACGGAAGAUCCUGUUCAGAUAGCUUCGGCCAACCGGUUGAAGGAUCGAUCGUUAAAUAAGCGAAAGCGGGCUGCUUUAAAGAAGGAUAUUAAACCAGCAGACAGGCGCGUCAAAUCGAGCGGAUUCAUUGAGGAACCAGCGGACGAUGUUAUAGAGCCCAGCAAGGCCGAUAAUCUGGUAGAAGCAAAGAAAAAGAAAAAGCUUAAAACGUGAGAAAUAUGAGAACUUUGAAAUAAAAAAAAAACUUUUCAUUCAAUAAA